GAUGGAUCUCAUUGUGUUGGGGAUUUUACUGUGCAUCGCCUUCAGCGGCGCUCAAGGCGUCACACCGAGAUGUUGUGUUGAAACUACAAAAAGGUUUCCACUCGAUCUACUGAAGAAAGUCAAUAGAUAUGAGGUGCAGACAAGCAGUGGAGCGUGCACUAUUGAUGCUCUUGUAUUGCAUGUGGGUGACAUGAGAUACUGCGCAACACCCAAGAUGGAGCAGUUUCUGCAGAAGCUGAUGAAGCGAAUGGCUCGUCUAAAAGCCUCUGCUGUGUGAAUGAGCUCAGGUGAUGUCAAGAGGAGCAAACACUUCACUAUAAAGAUGUUUAAGGAAACACUUACUCUGUUCUUC